AGGGAAGAGGAGAGAGAUGAAAACACCUAAGAGCCCGCAUCACAUGUCUAGGCGCAGGUUGCCGAGGGAAUUGGUUGGUAUUUUUGAACUCAACUGAAAGCAAAACGCGUUUUCAUAAAUGUGAAAUAUAGGAGGCGUUCUGUUUCAGCAGGCAGCGCUCGAGAGAGCAUGAAGUUGAAGCCCUGCUCGUAUAUAUUUAUCAGCUGCUACAGUACUUCUAAAUACAAGCGCAUUCAUAUUAUUACAGCAGCGUCUUUUUUAUCUUUAGAGUGGAUGUUAUUUUUUUGAGGAUGUUAAAAAAAGAAAGAUCGUCUGCUGGGCUCCACGGAUACAUUGCCUUGUGUUGACUGGUCUGAUGUAAACAGCGGUCGUUUUCGUAGAAAAGAAAGACAAAGGGAAGAUGAUAUACAUUUUCAUAUACAUAUAUUAAAUUAGAAAACACCUGGAUCGGCGCUGCCCGAAGGAAAGCGAGCAGGGUGUGCUUUUUGUAGCUAUCUCUGUUAACCUAUCGAUCAGUCUGUGUGACUCUCUUACACAGAACAGAGAGGAUAGAGGAGCCGGAGGGACCAUUAUUUCGCUUUUUUUGUUGUUGUUUUUCAACACAGAAAACAAAAAAAGGGAAGAAAAACAAAGGAAGCUUGGAGAUAAAAUAAAAAGACGGAGAGUUGUUUUUUUUUUGUUUUUUUUUUAGCAGAAGCACUCACGCCUCAAAUCCAAGUGUUACAGACGGCACAGCCAGAGGGGGCAUCGCUCCGCGGCACUUACUCUGUUGUGAUUAUUAUUACGGUAUUUUGUCAAACCGUAACAAACAAAAAACAUUUUAUACGGUGAAGUGGGGAAGACGGCUCCCUCUAUAAAGACGUUCAAACUACAAUACAGGAUACUUCCCUAUUGUUUUGUACAACUGCACCGGAGAGCAAACGGCGCCGACAUGGGUUCAUGAUAUUGCAUAUUAUUAUUAUUAUUAUUAUUAUUAUUAUUAUUAUUAUUAUUAUUAUUAUUACUGUGAAUUUGAAUUAUGUUUUAACACUUGCUUAGGCUUCUCCGGUACUUCGGCGUGGAAGGAGACCCAUCUAUUAACAGCAAGGACCAUUUGCUGUCUUGUUCAUGCGUUUGUUUUACAUUUAUAAACUCAAAUGCAAUGCUGCUGUGAUCUGGGCAGAUGAAGACGGAUGAAAACAGGAGUCUCACCAGCGCUGAACUAUAUAAGAAACGUCUCCUCCCUUUUUUUCUUUUUUUUGGAUCACUUUAGGGAAGGAAAACACUUUUAAAAUAAACAAGAAAAAAAUGCCAUUCCCGAUUUUGGACUUAGUGGGGCAAUUCGAUUUUUUGGUUCUGGCUCCUUUCGAAUCUGGACUAAGAGGACUACUGCUCCGGAUUGCAAUGUAACCGGGAAAACAACACACCUAAUUCAAAUAUACAUAUAUAUUGCAGAAAAAAAAGACUCGAGCUUUGACCACCUCAGCUCCCGACACGCAUGCUAACUGGAAUACUGUACCGCGUCUACAAAAGAAAACACGUUUCAACAUGUUUAAACGAGGGUGCGGUCUGGAGUUUUUCCUCAUGCUGUGCACCAGUCUGGAGCUGCCUCUGUCCUGGUCCUGCCCGCGGCACUGCGUCUGCUACUCCUCCCCGACCACGGUGAGCUGCCAGGCCCACAACUUCCUGAUGGUGCCCGAGGGCAUCCCUCCGCACAGCGAGCGCAUAUUCCUGCAGAACAACCGCAUCACCAUGCUGCUGCGUGGCCACUUCAGCCCCCACACCGUCACCCUGUGGCUCUACUCCAACAACAUCACCUUCAUCGACCCCGACACCUUCCAGGGCUUCACCCAGCUGGAGGAGCUCGACCUGGGGGACAACCGCUACCUGAGGGCCCUGGCUGCGGAGACCUUCAGCGGCCUGCCCAAGCUCCACGCGUUGCACCUGUAUCGCUGCGGCCUCACCUCCCUGCCCAGCGGGGUCUUCCAGGGGCUGCGCAGCCUCCAGUAUCUCUACCUGCAGGACAACCGGAUCGAGUUCCUCCAGGACAACUUGUUUGCCGACCUGAUGAACCUGAGCCAGCUCUUCCUGCACGGCAACCAGCUGUGGAGCCUGCACCAGAACACGUUCCACGGGCUCUCCAGCCUGGACCGGCUCCUGCUGCACGAGAACCAGCUGCAGUGGGUGCACCGAGGGGCCUUCCACGACCUGAAGAAGCUCACCACCCUCUACCUGUUCAACAACAGCCUGGCCGAGCUGUCUGGGGAGUGCCUGGCCCAGCUGCCAUCCCUGGAGUACCUGCGGCUCAACGGCAACCCCUGGGAGUGCGACUGCAAGACCCGCUCGCUGUGGGACUGGCUCCAGCGCUUCAGGGGAUCCAGCUCCAGCGCUCUCUGUGAGUCUCCCCCAGACCUCAGGGGCAGGGACCUCAAGCGCCUGACCAAGGAGGACUUCCCCAGCUGCUCCGGCUCCGAGUCCCUCCACCAGAUCAAGACAUGGACCACAGCGGACAAGGUCUCUUUCAAGAAGGACCACCAUGGCCGUCAUCACCACCCCAGCACCCGCCAGCACCCGCCCCCGCCACCGCCCUCAGACGGCUCGGACGCCCCCUCUUCCUCCGACAAGAGCCCCCCUCCCUCAUCCACCGACGAGGGCCACAAGCCCCAUGGGGCCCGCAACUGCAGCCGCCAGCGUUACCGGGGGCCCAAGAAGAUCCUGAAAGAGGUGCACACCCUGGAGGAGAUGGCGGACAAGGAGCCCCAGGAAUACCCCGGGGAAGGGAAAUUCGGGCACCCCCGGAAGAAACCCAAAUGCACACGCCCUCCCCCUCUGCGCCCCCCCAGCGGGGUCCAGCAAGCCAACGGGAGCAGCGCAGCCUCGGGGCAGCAGCACCCCACAGCCUGUUUAAUGAAUCUCAUAGCCUCUGCCCUGCUGGCUGCUGUGAUACGCUGAACCGUUCUGCCAAGACCCGCCCUCCCAACGAAGCCACGCCCCUACACUACGCUCAUGUGUGUGUGUGUGUGUGUGUGUGUGUGUGUGUGAGUGAAUGUGGGGGUUUGGUUUUGUUUUAAAUAUAAAACAGGACACAAAAAAACGUGACAAAACAACCUCAAUGGGAAUAGACUGUAUGUGCUAGCACUGCCACAGAUUUGAUUUAAUUUUUUUCCUAGCAGAAAGGGCCAAACUUUGGAAUAUAUUGAAUAAAACAAAACUAUGAACACCUGGAGUGAUAAAAUACAGAACUGAAUGAAAUCGAGAAAGUUUAGACAUCUUAGUUGUGACUCGUGGUGGGAGUCAAGGGAGCAGAAAGAAGACUUUUUAGGUUUUUAAAAAAAAAUAAUAAAAAUUCUGCCGAACCUCUAGUAAGUAGGGGGCAAGAGAUCCCCCAAACACACACAACCCUCAUCAUGGAGCACAUUAUUAAUAAUCAAUACAUUGAGUAAUCAAUCAAUAGAUUGAUAAAUGAUAAUGAAAUAAAAAAAAAUUAGAAAUAAAGUAUUUACAAAAGUAUCAGUGAUUAUUCCGUUAUGCUACAUUCCCCAUAAUUCUCUUUUUACAUUAAGUUACAUUAUAUUCCCCAUAAUUCUUGUAUUUUUGUUUUAUGUACUUAACUGAUAUCAUGAGUUCGUAAUGAUCAGAGUUAAAAGUAACAAAAUGAACUAAACCUAUUGGUAAGUCAUCAGAAAGACUUCUAUGCCUCUAGUUUGUCUUUCUACACAGUUUCCCUUAAGAAAGGCAUGUUUACCAUACUGGAAAAUGAUUCAGCUUAUUAUUUCCAUUUCUGUUUUCAUGUUCCUUAAGUUUCAAACACACAGCGAGCUCGGGGGGGUUUGCAAGCGCAUACAAGUGAAAUAUCCAGGAGGUUGUCAGAACAAACUUUACUUUCCCCGUCUUCAAGGAGUAAACGUCAGUGUUGGACCCGAUAUUCUUUGGGAUCAAUAAUACUACAGAAUCCUCCCUUCUUCCCUCAAGGACACGAGGAGAGAUAGAGUUCAAAUACAGACCAAGAGCUGGCCUAAAACCAGUCUAGAAUGUCCUAUAACAUGGGCCAUUGGCGUUCUAGAAUGACCUAGAUCUGGACUGGAAUGGUCUAGAACUGGAUAAAGAAGCUUGGAGCAAGACAGUGGCUUCUGGGGCACACCCAGAUAGACAUUCCAGUAAGCAGGCAGGCAGAUCCGAACCAAAAGAGAUGCUGUAUGUAUGCUGAUCUAUAACAGUAAUAAUAAUGAUAAUUAUAUAAAUAUAAUAAUACGAAUUACAGGGUCUCUGUCCAAUGUGGGGGGAGUGUUUUUGUAAUGUCUUCUCACUAUUCUUUAAUAUCAAUGCACAGCCUCGCCCCCCAUUACUGAACUGUACUGUAUGUCAUUAAAAAAAAAUACAUCAAACAA